CGUUCCUUUCCACAAUUUGCCACAGUUCCGUGUGCAAAAUAAACAUAAAUUCCAGCCAUGAGCGCUUUAAUCGUUUCCCAGGUGAUAUGCAUGUUUUUAUUGUUAAUCGGCACUUUAAUAUUCGGGAUAAGUCCCGUUUUUGUUCAGAAAAAACUCUUUCAGUGCAAAUGCAGUGGAGAAACUUGUGAAAAGUCCUGUCGGGCUAGAAAAGGUAAAAUAAUUACUUCAUUCCUCAUCUUUUUUGGCGGCGGCGUUCUCCUCGGAACCUGCUUUCUUCAUCUCCUACCUGAGGCUCGUGAGGGUUUUGAAAGCGAUGAUGAAAAAGUCAUAAAUGUGACGGAAAACGCAACUGAUGAGGGAAAAAAUGAAGAUCACGAGAAAUUUUCAAUACCGGAAUUUAUCGUAUGCUGCGGAUUCUUCGCAGUUUACUGCUUUGAAGAAAUAGUCCACUUCUUCCUCGGUGGACACACUCACGUACCAACAGAGAAUCGAGCCAUUAGAUCAUUUUCACGUAAAAAUUCUUGUUCUUCUCGUUGCAGCAUUGGCGAACUGUCUACAUCCGGUGAUCACAAAGUGCCCAAAGACACUCCUGCACCCCCGCCACCAUAUUAUGAAGAACACCAUGACAUACCUGAAAAGAUUUCUCUCGUGGGACUGUUAACAGUGGCUGCGUUGUCAUUUCAUUCUCUCUUCGAAGGUUUUGCUGUCGGUUUACGUCCCGAUGUUAUUGGCACGUGGAUGGUAUUUUCUGCCAUUGCUGUUCACAAAUACGUCAUAUCCUUCGUUGUUGGACUGGAGAUUCUAGCAAACGGUGGUAAAAAUAUGCAAAUUUAUAUUUACAUGUCCAUCUUUGCAUUGAUGUCACCAAUUGGAAUGGCUAUAGCUAUGAUUACUCAAAGCAAUGUGGAGGAUUCAAGUCCUUUAACCGUUAGCGUUCUGAAUGCUAUAGCAACAGGUACUCUACUGUAUGUGACAUUCUUCGAGAUUCUACAAAGACAAGAACACAAGGACAUAUCCACCUGGUUGCAACUAAUAGCAACUUUUGCCGGUUUUGCUCUCAUGUGUCUCAUGCAAUAUGUCAGCACUCUUGUAUAAUAUGAAAAAAUUUGUUACAGUAGCGUGAUAAUAUUUUUUCAAAUCAUUGUAAGACUCCUGAAGCCAAAUAACUGGAAAGUAUAAAUUCAUCAAUAGGAGUGUUUUAAACAAGUGUCUUUGGUUGUAAAUAUAUAUAUAUAUAAAUAUCUUUAUUUUUAAGAA